UUCUUUAUUUCUUCCUUCCUUUCUCCGCUACUUCUUCUCCUCAAGCUUUGUUCUCAAGAAAACAGAGAGAGAGAGAGAGAGAGAGAGAGAGGAAGAUUGGAGCUUUUGGAUGAUGGGAAUGGCGGAAUAGAUAAGAAGGGAUUGCUUGGAUUGGAUUCAAUUCCAUCAGAUCUGCAAAGAGGGAGAGAUCUGGGAGUGUUUGAAAGGGAUAGGUUGAAGAUGAUGAGAAUGCAGACAAGGUGUUCGGCGUUUGGCCAAGAAGAGCACGGUGAAGCGGGGGAUGAGGCGCGGUGGGAGAUGAGGCCAGGGGGGAUGCUGGUGCAGAAGCGAGAAGGACCGUCACCGCCGGCGCCGACCAUAAGGGUGAGAGUCAAGCACGGCGGCGCAUCCCAUGAGAUCUAUCUCAGCUCGCAAGCCACCUUCGGGGAGUUGAAGAAAUUGCUGGCGGAGAGGACGGGGAUGCAUCCAGGGGAUCAGAAGAUCGUGUUCAAGGACAAGGAGCGAGCUUCCAAUGCCUUCCUUGACAUCUCCGGAGUGAAGGAUGGGUCCAAGAUGGUGCUCCUCGAGGACCCCGCCGCGCAGGCCAAGCGAUGCCUGGAGAUGCGCCGCAAUGCAAAGCUCGAGAAAGCCUCCAAAUCCAUCUCCCAGAUCAGCCUCGAUGUUGAUAAACUCGCAUCUCAGGUCACUGCUUUGGAGGCUAUCGUGGCCAAAGGCGGCAAAGUGGCAGAGCAUGACGUCUUGAAUCUCAUCGAGCUGUUGAUGAACCAGCUUCUCAAGCUCGACGGAAUCAUCGCCGAUGGCGAUGUCAAGCUUCAACGGAGAAUGCAGGUCCGAAGAGUUCAAAAGUACGUAGAAGCGCUAGACGUGAUCAAGAUCAAGAACUCAAUGCCAACACAACAACCACCUCAACAGCAGCAGCGUAAACAGAAGCAGUCAGCGCUGGCACCGGUGGUGGCGACGACCAAAUGGGAAGUGUUUGACUCGAUGUUCUCGCCGUCCACUUCAGCAGCGAACUCCAGCACCACGGCGCGCUCCACCAACUCCUCCUCCGCCCCCACUCCCAGGUUUGAUUGGGAGCUGUUUUGAUAAUUAGGAAAAUUAAAAAAAAAAAAAGAAAAAAAAGGUAAAAUGUUGACUGUGUUGAUAUAUAUAUGUAAAAGUAAGUAUAUAGAGAUGUAUUUUCUAAAUGUGGUGUUUUUUCAUGGUGUUGAUUGUGUUUGGUUCAUUGUAUAUCAUUUGCAUUUCUCUUCUCAAUUUAUAUCCUUCGGACAUUAAUAAAAUGAGCUUAUUUGUUUUAUGCA